AUGACGAACCCUGAUGUGAAUCUGGAAAUCACGGACUCGGAUCCCGAUCACGGCGAUACGGAGCGUGGGAAGGUCACCAGUGCUUCUUCUUCUUCCCCUCAUCCCGAACGCUUCACCGAGGUGGCUGACGCGGACGCCAAGCCUGCAGCAGAGGCUGCUCCGGGUAUCGACAUGCCACUCGAAAAAGACAACUUGGAGGGAGUAAUCGAGGCCGACUCACCCGUCGAUGCAGAGCCGGAGGGUGAAGAUGGGGCUCCUCCAGACUCUGAAGAUGAAGCGGAGGAUGAAGAGGGCGAGCCCGAGCUAGACUCAGAAGAGGAGCGCGAAGAGGCUUUUUAUUGGCACACCCAAAUCAUCAACGAGCUCUACCGAGCAUGUCGGGACGCCUCGCCGCUCAACGGCGGGUACAACUACCUCUCCACGCUGCCCGGCGUCGACAGGAUGGGCAACAUCAGGCACACCGCCCGCGCCGAGCGGACGGGCGAAGUCGUGCUGCUCCGCGUUACCCCGCUUGUGCCGCCCGUCGAGCGCUUUGCGGGCCAGCGGCUCAUCAACGAGCUGUUUCUCAUGCGUGAUAUGCGGUCCUCGCCGAAUAUACUUGGGUUCUACGACCUCUACCUGAGCCAGGACGACGAGGAGCUGGACAUUGGGGAGGGCAAGAGCGAUGUGUGGCUCGUCCAGCAGUAUAUGGCUGAGGGCGCGAGUCUUGGGGAGCUGGUGGCGUACAACAACGGCCCUGGCGGGUUCACAGAGGAGCAAGUCGCCAAGAUAUGUCUCGAAACAGCGAAGGGCCUGGCCCAUCUUCACGAGCAGCUCAUCAUCCACCGCGACAUCCGCUCCGACUCGCUCCUCAUUGACCCCACCGGCCGCGUCAAGAUCACCAACUUCGCCUACGCCGUGCAGCUGCCGACGAUCCAGUCAAAGCGUCGCACGAUGGUGAGCACGCUCGCGCUCCCCGCCCGCUCGCCGUAUACCCCCGACAAGACGCACUGGACCCCGCCCGAGGUGAUCCGACGGCGGGAAUACGGCAUGGAGGUCGAUGUGUGGGCGCUCGGCAUAACGAUGAUGGAGAUGCUCGACGGGCGGCCGCCCCAUUCGGGCAACGCAGCAUUGCGGGUGCUGUUCCUCAUCCUCAUAUCGGGGACCCCGAAACUUUCUCGGGAGGAUGCGGACGCGUUGGGCCCUGAUCUACGGGAGUUCUUGGGCCGCUGUGUGGAGGUGGACGUGGACAAGAGGGCCACGGCGGAGCAGCUCGUCGGGCAUGAUUUUCUCCAGCGCGGAUGUGCGCCGAUUGGGCUGGCGUCUCUGUUCGAAUACCGCACCAGGGAGCCGCCGCCAGACUCAGAUGAUGAGGAGGAGGUGCAACCGCAAACCGAAUUGACAGCGGCUGGGGAAGCAGUCGUGUCAGAGCUUGUGGCAGAUGUGGAGGAAGGCGAACGAAAUGAUCCCUCUGUGGAAGGGGCAGCAAAGACAUAA